AUGUCGAACCAGCACACCAAGAAGACUUACACCCUCAACACCGGUGACAAGAUCCCCGCCAUUGGCCUGGGUACCUGGCAGUCCAAGCCCAAUGAGGUCCGGGUCGCUGUCAAGGACGCCCUGCUGAAGGGCUACCGCCACAUCGACACUGCCCUUGCUUACGGCAACGAGGCUGAGGUUGGUGCCGGUAUCAAGGACUCUGGCGUGCCCCGCGAGGAGAUCUGGCUCACCACUAAGCUCGACAACCCCUGGCACCACCGUGUGGAGGAGGGUAUUGCCUCCUCCCUCAAGGAUCUCGGUGUUGACUACGUUGACCUGUACCUUGUUCACUGGCCGAGCUCCACCGACCCCAAUGACUUGACCAAGCACCUUCCCGACUGGGACUUCAUUAAGACCUGGCAAGAGAUGCAGAAGCUCCCUGCCACCGGCAAGGUCCGCAACAUCGGUGUCUCCAACUUUGGCAUCAAGAACCUUGAGAAGCUCCUCAACCACCCUACCACCAAGAUCGUCCCCGCCGUGAACCAGAUCGAGCUGCACCCCAACAACCCCUCUCCCAAGCUGGUUGCCUACAACACUUCCAAGGGCAUCCACUCUACCGGUUACUCCUGCCUGGGAUCCACCAACUCCCCUCUCUACAAGGAUCCUACUCUGCUGAAGAUUGCCGAGAACAAGGGCAAGACUCCUCAGCAGGUGCUGCUCGUCUGGGGUAUCCAGAAGGGCUGGAGUGUUAUCCCCAAGUCCGUCAGCAAGUCGCGUAUUGAGGGCAACUACGAGAUUGACGGCUGGACCUUGACCGAUGAGGAGAUCAACCAGCUUGACAACCUUAAGGAUCGCUUCAAGGUCUGCGGUGAUGAUUGGUUGCCUAUCAAGGUUUUCUUCGGUGAUGACGAGUAA